AUGCCAGAUAGUGACUCUUUCUCAUCUUCUACGGAUAACAAUAGUGUGGUUAAAGUAGUUUGUCGACUUAGGCCUACACUACCUCAUGAACCUGAAAGUUCUCAAGAAGUGGUACAAGUUCUCAACCGCAGAGAAAUUAGGAUUACAGACCCUAUCAAGAAAUUAAUCAAUCGUUUCGAUUUCUCGGCAUGUUACGGUGAAAGGAGUACUCAGCAAGAAAUAUUCGAUAACGAAGUGCGAGAUAUGGUCUUGGGAGUCUUUUCUGGUAUUACUGCUAGUAUCUUCACGUACGCUUUCCAAAGGAGAGAUGAUGAUUUGUGUUUUGGUGAUCUGACUCUGAUUGACACAUCCAUGCGUUUAUUUAGGUUUGGCUGUACAGGUUCUGGAAAAACUCACACACUCCAAGGUUCGCCUACAGAUCCUGGAAUCACCCCUCGAGCUAUAAGGGCCAUCUUUCAACACAUGAACGAAAUGAAGAUUCAGCAGGGAGCCUCAGCCCAAUACAUUGUCACCAUGUCUUGUUUCGAGAUUUGGAAGGAUAAAGUAUGGGAUCUUUUGAAUGAGGCAGGUACUUCGAGUACUCGAGAUUUAGGGAAAGGUGAUCUACACAUCAGAGAGGCUACCAAUGGACAAGUCUUUGUUUCAAAUCUACGCAAGAUUCCACUUUACACUAUCAAUGACUUUGAAAGAUUUUACGAGAAAGCUAUGCGCUCUAGGUCAACUUCAAGCACGAAAUUGAACCACGCUUCAUCUAGAUCACAUGCAAUUCUGAAUCUAAAUCUUACGCAGCUACGUGGCGGUCGAACUUACGAGGGAAAAUGCGUUCUCAUCGAUCUUGCUGGAAGUGAAAACAAUAAAAAGACUGGGAAUGAUGAAAACCGUGAGCGUAUGAAGGAAUCAGUGGAGAUCAAUCAAAGUCUGCUUGCUUUACGGAAAGUGGUUAGAUCUUUAAAUGCAGGUGAAAGUCGGAUUCCAUACCGUGAUUCAAAGUUGACGAGGAUCCUGAGUGACAGCCUUGGUGGGCGCUCAUCUGCUCUUGUCAUAUGCAAUAUUGCACCCAGCCCAUAUCAAUAUCGUGACACAAUGAAUACGCUAAACUUUGGAAGUCUUACGCGAAACGUGGAAAACAAAGUGCAGGUCAGGGACAAGGAGACCGUCAAGAACACUCUUGCGCCUGCUCCGUUCUACCAGCACAGCUUUCUCAACAAAUCUGCUCCUCAACUUCCAUCUGAGACGACUAUCAAAUAUUCUUCUAGUGAUGGCUGUGCGGUUCCCUAUUCUUAUAAACCUAGGCUAGCACCGCGGCCGUCCUUAGCGGUGCUCAAUGGAACCCAAACAAGCACAUCUACACCUCCUGCGCACCAUAUGGGUCAUAGUAAUAGUGGUCACCUAUUCACACCUCCUGGCCACAAUUUGGUAGCUAGUAGUAGUGUUCCAUCAUUACCGGAGCUUCCCUCUCAGUGGCGCACUUCUCCACUACUGCCACGACUAGAAACAAGACCUCUGAUCAUCAAGAAAAAGUCUUCGAGUCUCAGCCCGCGGUCCCCUCAUUUCGAGGAUCUACAGAUGGCCCUCGGGAUCACGGAUCCUAUUAGCUCUAGCGAUAGUCCCAUGUCAAAUAAAGCCCUCGAAGAGCGAAUCAACAACGCACUGCGAAAAAAUAUGAACGCUUUGGUAGAAAAACGACUAGAUGCGCUUUUGAAUGCCAAGUUAAAAGAAGCUGGAUUGCUAGAUUUCCAAGCUCCUACAACGCCACGAUCUCAAUCAUCCAAUACAAGUGAAAACACGGCUGCUGAACGUGAUCACGACUUGGUUGAUCGGAUUUCCAACUUAGAAGAUCAAUUUCAGCGUGAGGAUCAGCGAAUUAUUGAACACUGUUCCUACCCCACGAAGGCAUUCGAACACCAAAAUUCCUUCCCCGAAUAUACGUUCACGGUGAGAUUUACUCUCUAG